AUUCGAACUGUCAGUGAAUAUUUUUCUUGUGUAUUACGUCUGAAACUGAAAUUUGUGUUUUGAUUUUGUAUUUUCUUUAAUCUUUUGUCGUGGAAAAUGCACACAGAUCUCUCAUCACAUUUGCACACUCCCGAAUGUAAUAAAAUUAUCAACGAUUUAAAAGACUGUCACGCAGAGAAUAAACUUGGUCGCUUUCUUGGCUAUUGCAACGAACUGGACAGUCUCUUGGUCAAGUGCUUGAAACAGGAACGUGUCAACAGAUCAGCAGCAAAUCGAGCUAAAGCCUUUGAGAAGCAAAAGGUCAUUCGAGAGAAAAUGCAACAACCUGGAACUCCUUUCAUGUAAAUUCAAAAUAACACUUAAAAAAAAAAACAA